UUCCAAGCUGUCACCCCUAGGGUGUGUGUGAAAGAGGUGGUUUCUCACUGUUUCUGUUUCAAGUCAACACCCCCAUCCUAUGGCAAUAACCUUAAAAAAAGUCUGAAUUAGGAAUUAGGAAACUGUUCAAGUAGGCUCCUCUUCAGCUCUUCGUUUAUAUUUGGCGUAAAACUGACAACUCCCCCAAAUUUAUGUAGAAGUAGGACCAAACACAGCCUUAAAAAGAUGCGUUACUGCUUUCCACCCAUUCUGACACGAUAGCCUUUAAACGUAGAAAAUCGUAUGCUGAUGAUUCCAGAAAAAUCCCGACUAUUUCUUGAGUAGUUCGGAGCCAGCAGUUUAGAAAUGACAGUAACCAAUGGCGAACUUAAAUCCUAAACGCUUGUUAACGAACUCCCAUUUUUGUGUGUUUGGUUCUGUGUCUAGUGGGUGAUUAUUUUGCUAGAACCUCAGAUCUGAUGCUUUAAUAUUUGGCGUCUCAGAAGCAGACAAAAAUACGGACUCCUUUACUCCUUUGGAUGUCUUGGAUAGAAUCACAACUGCCCACCAGCUCCUACACGUGGCUCCUCAGAGAGCGUGGGAAAGAUAGGAAAUACAAAAGGGGAAACUGCCAGGACUUAAGAUGUCUGCUAAAAGACCUUUCCAUCUCCUAGGAAGAGUCUACCCACUUCCAACAUGUCCUCCCGCAAUCCUGACGUCAUCUGACCGGCAGCAUCAAGCCAGAAAUCGAGUACGCUCCAAUCAGGGCACAGUCUCCGCCCUCGGGUUGCGUCACUUCCGGUGGUGCAGCAGCCAUUUUGUCAGUCGCCAGCGGAUCCCGCGCGCUGGAGAAGUGCAGUUCCCCCUGGUUACCAAUUCGUCCGUUCUCCUUCGCGUUGCGGGCGCCGUCGAAGAGUGCUCACCAAAGGCACAGCUAUUCCUUUGUACAGUUCCACGGCUGCUAUUGCAUCUGUCCGGAGCUAGUGUGCUGUCUUCCUCUCCUCCGGCUGACAGGCGCCCUCAGGGAGCCGCCGUUCGCGAUGUCAAGCGAGGAAAGCUACCGGGCCAUCCUGCGCUACCUGACGAACGAGCGCGAGCCGUACGCGCCCGGCACUGAGGGCAAUGUCAAGCGUAAAAUCCGCAAGGCUGCCGCUUGCUACGUGGUGCGCGGCGGGACUCUGUAUUACCAGCGGCGACAGCGGCACCGCAAGACCUUCGCGGAGCUGGAGGUGGUGCUGCAGCCGGAGCGGCGCCAGGGCCUCAUCGAAGCGGCGCACCUGGGCCCGGGCGGCACCCACCACACCCGGCAUCAGACUUGGCACGACUUGUCCAAAACGUACUGGUGGCGAGGUAUACUAAAGCAAGUCAAAGAUUACAUUAAACAGUGUAGCAAAUGCCAGGAAAAACUAGAUCGCUCCCGUCCAAUAUCAGAUGCUUCAGAAAUGUUGGAAGAAUUAGGACUAGAUCUUGAAUCUGGAGAAGAAAGUAAUGAAUCAGAGGAUGACCUGAGCAAUUUUACUUCACCUCCAACUACAGCCUCCAAGCCUGCAAAAAAGAAGCCAGUAUCUAAACAUGAACUUGUAUUUGUUGACACCAAAGGAGUGGUAAAACGUUCUUCUCCAAAACAUUGUCAGGCUGUCUUAAAACAGCUGAAUGAACAGAGACUUUCUAACCAGUUCUGCGAUGUUACGUUGUUAAUUGAAGGAGAAGAGUACAAAGCUCAUAAAUCUGUUUUGUCAGCUAAUAGUGAAUAUUUUCGAGAUCUUUUUAUUGAGAAAGGAGCUGUGUCCAGUCAUGAGGCUGUGGUGGAUCUUUCCGGUUUUUGUAAGGCAAGCUUUCUUCCUUUACUCGAAUUUGCCUAUACUUCUGUGCUAAGUUUUGACUUCUGUAGCAUGGCUGAUGUAGCCAUCUUAGCUCGUCAUCUUUUCAUGUCAGAAGUUUUAGAAAUCUGUGAAAGUGUGCAUAAACUAAUGGAAGAGAAACAACUAACAGUGUAUAAGAAGGGAGAGGUACAAACAGUCGCAUCUACCCAAGAAGUACCAGAACAGAAUGGAGGCACAGCACCUCCUGUGGCAAGCAGUGAGGGAACCACAACAGCUUUAUCUACUGAACUUGGGAAUUGUGAAAUCGUACUGCUGGUAAAUGGAGAACUGCCAGCAGCUGAGCAGAAUGGAGAAGUAGGACAACAGCCUGAGCCCCAGGUUUCUUCAGAGGCCAAAGCUUCUCUGCCCGCCGUGGGUUGUACAACUGAUUCCCAUCCCUCAAUGGAGUCUGCCAAGUUAGUAACAAAAGACAACAAGGAAGAAGUAGAAACUUCAAACAGCGGAGAAGGUACCUGCACAGUUUCUAAUAUUCAUCCUAAACCUUCCAUAGAGAAUGUAAUCAGUAACUCUCCAGAGAACAGUGAGAUGAGAAAUGACACACCAGCUAAGGCUCUCUGUGCUGAAGACUUCCCAAAACAUGAUCAAGACCCUAGCCAGGCUUUAAAAGAUGAGGAAUGUCCAGAUGCACCAACAGCGAAGACUGACCUCAACCCAGAUGAUGAUACUUACAAAAGCAGGCUUCGGCAGCGUUCUGUUAACGAGGGAGGAUAUAUCCGACUACAUAAGGGAAUAGAGAAAAAAUUGCAGAAACGUAAAGCCAUUCCCAAGUCAGCAGUUCAACAGGUGGCACAGAAAUUAGUUCAAAGAGGAAAAAAGAUGAAACAGCCAAAAAGAGAUGCUAAAGAGAAUACCGAAGAAGCGUCCCAUAAAUGUGGGGAAUGUGGAAUGGUUUUUCAGAGGCGAUAUGCCCUUAUCAUGCAUACGCUGAAACAUGAAAGAGCCAGAGAUUAUAAAUGCCCGUUGUGUAAAAAACAGUUUCAGUACAGUGCUUCUUUGCGAGCACACCUUAUUCGCCAUGCCAGAAAAGAUGCCCCCACCUCAUCCUCAUCUAAUUCCACAUCUAAUGAGGCUUCAGGAACAUCAUCUGAGAAGGGCAGAACCAAGCGAGAAUUUAUAUGUUCCAUAUGUGGGAGGACAUUACCUAAAUUAUAUUCCCUUCGAAUACAUAUGUUGAAGCAUACAGGUGUGAAGCCACAUGCAUGCCAGGUGUGUGGAAAAACUUUUAUUUACAAGCAUGGUCUAAAAUUACACCAGAGUCUCCAUCAGUCACAAAAGCAGUUCCAGUGUGAACUAUGUGUUAAGUCAUUUGUUACCAAACGGAGUCUUCAAGAACACAUGAGUAUUCACACAGGAGAGUCCAAGUACCAUUGCUCAGUUUGUGGAAAGUCUUUUCACAGGGGUUCUGGACUUAGCAAGCACUUAAAGAAACACCAGCCAAAGCCUGAGGUUCGAGGGUAUCAUUGCACUCAAUGUGAAAAAAGUUUCUUUGAAGCUAGAGAUCUUCGUCAGCACAUGAACAAACACCUUGGUGUGAAGCCCUUUCAGUGCCAAUUUUGUGACAAGUGCUAUAGUUGGAAGAAAGAUUGGUAUUCCCAUGUGAAGUCACAUUCUGUUACUGAGCCUUACAGAUGUAAUAUAUGUGGCAAAGAAUUUUACGAAAAAGCUUUGUUCAGAAGGCAUGUAAAGAAGGCUACUCACGGGAAAAAAGGAAGAGCAAAGCAAAACCUGGAGCGGGUGUGUGAACAGUGUGGCAGAAAGUUCACGCAGCUGAGGGAGUACAGGAGGCACAUGAACAACCACGACGGAGUUAAACCAUUUGAGUGCUUGACAUGUGGAGUAGCCUGGGCUGAUGCCCGGUCUCUAAAACGCCACGUCAGAACACAUACUGGUGAACGGCCCUAUGUCUGUCCUGUGUGUAGUGAAGCCUACAUAGAUGCCCGAACACUUCGUAAACAUAUGACUAAAUUCCACAGAGACUAUGUGCCUUGUAAAAUUAUGCUGGAAAAAGACACCCUUCAGUUUCAUAACCAAGGGACUCAAGUAGAGCAUGCUGUUAGCAUCUUGACAGCAGAUAUGCAGGAACAAGAGAGCAGUGGUCCUCAAGAACUCGAGACUGUAGUAGUGACGGGAGAGACUAUGGAAGCUCUCGAAGCCGUUGCAGCUACUGAAGAGUGUCCAUCGGUAUCUACACUUUCUGACCAAAGUAUUAUGCAAGUAGUUAAUUACGUGUUGGCUCAACAGCAAGGACAGAAGCUAUCUGAAGUUGCAGAAGCUAUUCAAACUGUCGAAGUAGAGGUGGCACAUAUUUCAGAAGCAGAAUGAAUACAGUAAUGAAGAUAAAAACAAGUGACAUCUCAUGCACACCGGACUCCCAGAUAUUUGUUUACAAUGCCAUGUGACUAUCCACUUAAGACUUUAUCUGUCAAGGCUCUGGGCCGUUUGUGAUGUAACAUUUCUAAACUGUUUGGCCUAACAUUUCUAAGCUGUUCUAUAGAAAAGUCCAUUUACUGUAAAGAAUUGGAAACAACUCUGUCUGAUGGCGGUAGUUUAUCAUGGUGUACCUUUUAUGAAUUAAUGUUUAUAAAUGACUGUACUCAAUUUUAAACUGUACAGUUUCAUUUGCAUUUGACAUUACUUUAUUAUAUAUUUUGAUUUGAGAAGGCUGCACCAGUUGGGUUUUCUUCUGUUGUACUCUCAAUAUAGAGGUUCUGUGAUUUCAUUUGCCCCGUUUAUGGAUUAAAAAGAAAAUUCUAAUAUAAAGCAUUUCAGUAGUAUGCAUAGGUAUAUUACAUAUUUUAAAUGCUUAGGUAUGUGAUUCUCAACUUCCUAUUUAUUUUCGCCCCUUUAAAGUCAGGGAUUCUUUAUUCUAUUUUAAAGCACUUAAUGAGUUACAUGUUGUAAUCAAGUUUGCACAGUAUAUUUAACUAUAUGGGGAACCCAUAAGAGAAUAGCUAACUUUUAAAAUGCCAUUAAAAUGCAUGAAAUGCCUAUUAAAGCCUUACUGUACUAUCUCUUCAAGGCAAGUAAAUUGACCAUGAGGAACAUUGUUAUUAAACAGUGUUGAUGGGAAAUUUCUCCUUGAUAACAAAGCAGAAACAAACAAAAAAUGCCAUUAUUUUGCUAAAGAAUGAACAAGUUAAUAGUGAACAAGUUAGGUUUGGUGUGUUUUCAGCUUUUGUAUCAUGUUUAAUUGUUUAAUUUUGUUGAAAAACUGCAGUUGAGAAAUAGAAUAGCAACAUAGGACAUCUACUGUGAAUACCAUGUAAUUGUCCAGUAAUUUCAGAACAUUGAAGAUUCGUCAGUGCAGCCCUCGUUAUAGCAUAUAACUUAAAUUCAUUGAUUAUGGUCCCACCAAAUGACUGAAAAUUUGUUAUUUUUAAAAGUUCCCUGAAAACUAAAAUAUUAUUCAUGUUUGAUUUGGGAAUUCUCACCUCUUUAAGAUAUCCAAUUUUCUGAUUUCCAAAAUAACCAUGAGAAGAUGCUACAUUUCUCUCUAGGAAACUACCACUCAAGCUGUAAUUGUUAAAAUUAGGUUUUAGGUAUUAGAAGCUGUUCCAGUGUAUAAAACUAAGAUAUAAGCAGAUCACAUGUAAAUCAUUCCUAAAGCACAAGAAAAGGAUGUGCCUUGAUGUACAUAUAUUAAGAUGUUUAUUCCUCUUUGAAAAUGGCUUUCAGCAUAAAAAAUAAAUGUGAUAGCUAUGCAUGCAUUAUACCUGCAUAUGUAAUAUUUGCAUUUGCAAAUUUCCAUUGUCUUAUUAGCCAUGUGGCUGACUUUAAAUUUUAAAGAGUGAAUUGACAUACAGCCCCGAACUCUAUAAUGGCUGCUCAUUGAUUGUAUCUUUUAGUUAGUGGAAAAAGUAUUUCGACCUGACUGAAAUUUGGAAUUGCAGCUUUUAUGUUCCAUCCUUACCAUUGUUACUAGAUUUAGUUAAUUGUAUAAGAUCAUUAAUGUGUAUCAUAAAUAUGUAAAUAAAAGAUGUUGAAUCUUGUUUCAAA